UGGAUUUGGCCAUGAUAGAAGGGCAGGAGGGACAUGGCCAGUGCCAAGUGGGCACACAUCCCUGGCCAUGGGGGAUAUAAAGGGUACCCUGUGAGCAUCUGGAGCAGACAUUCCCCAGGUGACUUGCCUUGUGUGAGAGCCCAACGACUGGAGAUGAAGAGUUUGCUCCUGACCUUGCUUCUGGAGCUGGUGGCUGUCCUGAGGGCCCAGGAAGUCCCAUCGGAUGACCAAGACGUCUCAGGAAUCUGGUACACAAAGGCCAUUAUGCACAAUGACAGCCUGCCGGGGGAUAAGAUGCCUAUGAAGGCCUUCCCCAUGAAAGUGACAGCCCUGGAAGGAGGGAACUUGGAGACCAAGAUCACAUUCUGGAGAAAGGGUCACUGCCAUGACUUUAAAAUCUUGAUGAAGAAAACUGAGGAGCCCGGCAAAUACAUCGCCUGCAAUGGCAGGAAGACUGUGUACAUAGAGGAGCUUCCUGUGAAGGACCACUACAUCUUCUACUGUGAAGGACGGCACCAUGGGAAAUAUUUCAGCAUAGGAAAACUCGUGGGGAGAGACUCUAAGGAAAACCCAGAGGCCAUGGAAGAAUUUAAGAGAUUCACCCAGCGCAAGGGACUGAGAGAGGAAAACAUCUUUGUACCAGAGUUGAGCGAUCAGUGUGUGCCUGGAAAUGACUAGGCAGCUACCCAGGUCUGCACCUGCUGAGCAAGCCUUGAUUCCAGCACCUGGCUGGGACAUCCCUGCACCAGACCUCUGCUGGACCAAACCCCCCACUGCCUCCCCACCCCAGGCCUUGGCCUCCCCUCCCCCACUGACUCCAAAUAAAGCCCUUCAGCA